UCAAAAUGGCUAUAAACGAAAAGUUCAAAGAAUUUGUUUUGAGCUGUAUGUCCAUUUUACGUUUUGGACUUGUAUUUGCUGUCAUUCUCUUCGGCCAGCAGACAAGAGGUUUCUUUGUUGGUGUUAUCUCAGGUCACAUAAGUGUAAAUGCUUUAGAUGGGACCUACCUUGGAAUAUCUUUAAUAAACCUUAUGGGGCAUCUUCCUAUGUUGGGGGUGACAUCUGCUAUAGAUUAUCUUGGUAUGAGAGCCUUAGCAGAUCCUUCAACACACCGAGAGGUGGGGUUGAUAGUACAACGUACUCUCAUGGUUUGUAUAGUCGUCUCCUUCCCACUCAUAUCCAUCCUACUCCUUCUUAAACCCAUGUUACUUUACAUCCAUCAGAAGCCAGAAGUAUUGGAGUCAACAACUUCUGUCCUGCAUAUGUCGUUGGCAAUAGUACCUAUAAACGCAGUGUCGCUGUGCAUGGCAAAGUACUUGUUUAUAUUAAACAAACAAAGAGCUGUGGUUUACAGUGUAAUAGUGACCUUGGGUGGCGCUCUUGCUACUUUAACUCUAGUAACGUUCUCGUUUAAUGCUAAUGUUGAGACACUACACUGGUGCUACACAAUAUCAGAGUUACUACAGCCGCUACUUCUACUCGCCUACUUUCACUUCAAAAAGCCUCACUCACACACCUGGGGAGGGUUUACAAUUCUAUCUCUCGGACAAUGGAGUAACACACUGAUAACAGGGCUGCCUAGCUGUGGUCUUAUCAUGCUCGAGUGGGGAAUGUACGAAGUAUUUUUACUGAUAGUUGGAAGUAGAGAUCCCGAUGUUUUUAAAGUCAAUGCUAUUGGUUUUACUGUUAUCUCCAUCUCUUAUCUGUUACAAUACGGUCUCAGUGUCGCAGCAACUACACACAUUUCACAGUCAGUGGCGUCAGGAAAAGUUGAUAACGCCAGGAAGUAUAUAAGAAGUACAAUAUUCUCAUCUCUUCUCACUUCUACUCUACUUGUAGCCAGCGGUCUUGCAUGUCAAGCUGCUCUCUCUAAAGUAUUCUCUCCUUCACAAUACUUAAAUAAACUAACUCCUUGGAUAGUCUGCUAUGUCUUCCUCGACGCUUAUCAGAUAACGAUGAACGGAAUUUUAAGGGGACUUAACCGUCACAUUACGCCUAUGAUAAUAACAACUGUUGGUUUUAUCACAUCCUUAGUUACAGGUUCCCUGUUGCUCCUGAAACCUAGUCUGCAGGUAUCAGGCGUGUGGAUUGGUCUGUGUGUGGGCGGUGUUGUAAUAUGUAUCGGACUAACGGUACAACUUGAUUACGCCAGAGUUGAUGUUAAUAACGCUUCUGUAAUGUUCAGUGCUGAGCCGUCUGACACAGAAGCAGACUCCGCAGUGCUAGUUGAGACAGCACUAGAUGACGACACUACAUUUGUUAAUCCUAACCACGUGGACACAGCUAACGGACACCGCGGUGGAGACGCUAGUAUUGACGAUAUCAGGCCAAUAAGCCGGAACGAGGUACAGCACCUGGUGAUGUCUAAAGGAUCAAUAUUCGUGUUCGGAUUUGGAGUGGUCGUGUUUUGUGCUAUCAUCAAUAUCACUCAACCGCAGUUUUAAGUUAUUGAGAUUAUUUAUUGAGUUCACAUAUUAUAAGCUUAUAACGUAAGACAGCGUGGGGGAGGUUUUGGAAGAUGUAAGUGUAAUUUAUACACAAUACCUUUGCAGUAUGUAUAAACUAUACACAAUACCUUUGCAGUAUGUAUAAACUAUAAAGCGGCAUACGGAGGGAGGGGGGUGGCAAUAGUACAGUAACAGUAUACAUUUUAUUCUUGAUAAAUUACAAUUUAUCUCCUAUGUACUUAUAUAUUUAUAUAUAUUUCCCUCCAACAUAAUCAACGUCUCAACGCUAAGUUGUUUCUGCUCGUUAAUGCUGUUAAUGCUCUCAUCUUCUGUCAGAAUAUGCCCAAAAGGUGUCCGACCUUGUAUACCAUAAUCUAUCAUGAUUUUCAUCAUCAUGACUUUCAGGUACUUUCCUUUGCGUCCGAUUUUGCUCUAUAAUGUUUAUAUCGUUAUUCACUAUGCAGUGUGGUUGCAGUGUUGGACAGGCUGUUCACAUAUUAAGUAAUCACUUUUACACUCCCCCUCAGUGAUCACGUAGUGAUGUGUGAACGACCCCUUAGUAGGUUAUAAUCAUGAACCUACAGUAAAUUUUAUUCUAAUUUAGUUGUGGUCUACGAUUACUGUUUUACUGGUUUACUUAUUUAAACCAGUUCACUGAUCGCUCUACUCUUUCUUUUUCUUCUUUAUUUUUUGUUUGUUUGAACAGAGUUUUGUUUAUUUAGUACAAGAUGUUUAAAGUUAAUAUUUUGAAGAUUAUCUAGUAUUUUCGUUACUGUCAUAUAAUAUGAUAUGUGGAGGAGGGAUUAUUUAAAAGUGAUACGAAAAGUGAUAGUUUGCGGAGGAGUCCAACAAUGGCGUUUUUCUUGUCGCUAAUAUGAGAUGAUUUUUACAAUGAUUGAACUUUGGAUAUCCUGUUUAAGCGGUGUGGAAACUAGAGUAGAAUUUCUUAACGAUCAUUAAUUUGGGAUUUCAGCAAACGCCAUUUCAGCAAAUUAUUCUUGCCAUUCUUCUCAUUGAGAUCAUUAAACAUUUUAUUAUAUAUUAUGUUAAAAAUCGAGAUAAUUUUAGGGGAUACAAUUAAAUUAAGAUAUUUUGAUUUUAAAAUUUAAAAGCUUUGUGAAAUUUUGCUAGUUUAUAAUAGUUAAACAACGCUUUUUUGUUAGAAAAUGUUUUUUUUUAUAUUAUUAUUAUGCUCUACUUUAGAUAUAAAAUUGGGAUUCGAUCUAAACAAUAUUAUUUUGCAACUUUUCCUUAUUCUUUGGAUAACUCCUUGUUUCAAGAAUUUCAAUUACAAAUUACAGAUUAAACGUUAGUUUUACUCUUUAACUGUGAUGGCUGUUCUUCUUAACUGGUUUAUAAGAAUUGUUGGUUUUUUUCUUUCUCA